AUGGAUCAGUGGAUGACGGCGGCUAGCGCAUUGCUAGCAUUCCUUCUGUAUUACAACACGCUAGAUGCAGGAUUUGUAUAUGAUGACAGACGGGCGAUCCUCUCCAACCCGGACGUCAUCGGACAUACUUCAAUAAAGGCUUUGUUUGAAAACGAUUUCUGGGGAACACCGCUCACGGAUCCUGGUUCACAUGGAUCCUACAGGCCUUUAUGUGUAGCCUCAUAUCGACUGAAUUACGCCCUGAGUGGAUUCAAGCCAUGGAGCUAUCACUUUCUCAACGUAUUGUUCCACACCAUAGCAACAGCACUAGUAGUCACAACAGCUCGCCGUCUAAUGCCAACAUAUUGUAUGCGUGUAGGUAGUGCCGUAGCGGGCCUAAGUUUUGCGGCACACCCAAUACACACAGAAGCUGUAGCCGGGAUUGUUGGUCGGGCAGAUUUAGCAGCAUGUAAUUUUUUCCUUUUGAGUUUUUUACUUUACUGCGAGCACUCAAGACUGCGCAACGAACACCAAAGGAAAACGUGCCGGCAUAACUCAAAAGACAGUUUAUCAAAUCAGCCAAUGUCAAUUACGGUUCACAUUUUAGGAUUCAGUUACAAUGGAUUUAUGGAACAAAUUAUUAUGAUAUUUCGAAAAUUGUUAAGGUUUAGUAAAAUUCCUAGUCAAGUUCUCAGUAAGUGCGAAAUUAAUCCGGGAACUGUGAAGUUUAAAAAGUGUCAGUGCAAGAACAUAGUGAGUGUACAUUCCUAUGAACUUUUGCAGUGGUUUACACUAGCAGGAACACUUUUGUUUGCUACUGCUGCAACCCUUUGUAAGGAGCCGGGAAUAAUGGUUGUGCCACUAUGUAUUCUUUACGAUCUUUUGAGAGAUACGCGACAUGAUGAGACUUCAUUAAAGUAUCGGUGGCGAAGCAUCGUUACACUGGGAACUGGAGGCUGUAUAUUACUCUACUGGCGCUUAAAAUUUAAAGGGAAUCCGUCUCCUUUUGCUGCAGCAGAUAAUCCGACAGCACGCGAUCCCUCUUUUUUAACUCGACUUUACACUUUUACUUAUCUGCCCGUGUUUAAUUUUUUUCUUCUACUGUAUCCCUUUCAUUUGAGUUUCGAUUGGUCAAUGGAUUCCAUACCACGUAUAACUUCUUUUUCGGAUCCCAGAAAUAUUUCUUCUAUUAUAUUUUAUUUAGUUUUAUCAAAAAUGACAUGGCGGGCACUUUUGAUUCAAAUUAAAACAUUUACAGAAAAAAAGAUCAAAUAUUAUAAGAAACCAAUGAUGAAACUGAAGCAGAAAUGGAACUACAACUGCAAGAAAAAUUUAAAAAAUCUAGAUAUGGAAAGAAGAAAUAUAAUUCCAAACAAAGACUCCGUAACCAAAACGAUAAUUUGUCCGUGCAACGGCUGCAAACGUUCAUUGACAAUGGAACAUACUUCUGUAUGUCGCACUGUAAAUAAUAACAACACUAUGAUGCAUAAUUCUACAUGCGUUUGUGCAAAACCGCAAGACAAAAUAAAAGUACAAUUGCCAAAAAAAUACAUCUAUAGUUCACCACAAGGAGCUAUAAUAGUAUUUAUAGCAUUUAUGGUGCUACCGUUCGUGCCAGCAUCUAAUAUUCUAUUCUAUGUUGGUUUCGUUGUAGCAGAGCGUGUGCUUUAUAUUCCUAGUGUUGGAUUUUGUUUAUUGCUCGGAUUGGGAGCAGGUGCUUUGACGAGAAACUGGAAUCGAAACGAAAUUCGGUGCCGUAUUUUUAUAUUGGCACUGAUGGUCACUUUAUUAACGAUGUGCGGAUGCACACUGCGGAGAAAUAUUGACUGGCAUGAUGAAGAGAGUCUUUUUAGAAGUGCUUUACACAUUAACCCCCCAAAAGCGUACGGCAAUCUGGGCAGUGUACUGACCACACAAGGGAGGAUAGCAGAGGCGGAAGUUGCUUUCGAGAGAGCGUUAAAAUACAGACCAAACAUGGCCGAUGUGCACUACAAUUUAGGGAUUCUUCUACAAAAUCAGAGGCGAUAUGGAGAAGCGAUCAAAAGUUUUGAGAGAGCAAUUUAUUUUAGGCCUUCAAUGGCACUGGCUUAUGUCAAUCUCGGUACCUCCUUAAUGGCCGACGGACGCCUAGCUGAAGCAGCAAGCGCUCUACGAACGGGUGCUCGCGUUGAUGGCUUAAGAGUUCGAGAUCGAAGAGAACAUGAUGCAGCGCGAGUUUCGGCUCUCGUGCAACUUGCGACGUUGCACUCGCAACGUAGUCACUGGCACAAAGCUCUUUCCGCUUACAAAGAAGCGUUACAAAUACUACCUGAUUCAAAUGUACCUGUUGUUGGAUGGACUAGACACAAUGUCUUGACAAUGGCUGGAGAUAUUUACAUACAACUUCAACAAUGGCCGCAAGCAGAACAUAGUAUCCUUUCUGCACUGGCUGCUGCUCCACAGGAUUUGAGCACACAUAUAACGCUUGCUCAGAUUUUAGCAAGAAACACAAGCAGAGCUUUGGAAGCAGAAAUGUGGUUCAAAAGAGCAGUAACAUUAGCCCCAAAUGACGCCACAGUACGAGAUCAAUUCGGAAUGUUCUUGAGAUCACAAAGAAGACUACGAGAGUCAGCGGAGCAAUUCGUUAAAGCGGCGCAGCUGGCGCCAGAUGAUAGCACACGAGCUGCAUCUGCAGCAAGGGCCUUGCGUGAUGCACGCCGGUGUCGCUCCGCUGAACGGUGGUAUGCACGUGCCGUUGAACUAAACCCUAAGGAUGCAGCUUACCACUCUAACCUCGGCGCAAUUCUCCACUUGAAUGGUAAAUACGCCGCCGCGGCCACAUCAUAUCGCCGUGCUCUGCAGUUACAACCCAAUGACGAGAUUACAAUUACAAAUUUAAAAAGAGUUCGAACUUUGAUGAGCAAGCAGCGUAGAAAAUAA